GGUGGAUUUCGUUGUAUUUCCGUGCAAAUUCAACAGGUGUUUCCGCGUUUAGUUCUUUGUUAUAAACUUAUGAAAUUGUCAUCAAACAGAACCCAUCAUGGAUGAAACCGUAUGGGCUCGUGACCAUAAGGAAGGGUUCGUCCUUGGUCGAAUUAGUGAAAUAACUCCCGAUGGUGCCGAAGUGAUUCCACUUGAUCCGAAAUUUGCCAAAAAAGUCCUGCCAUUCAGCGACAUUUUCCGAGCCAACGUAGUCAAAGGCAAAGACUACGAUGACAAUUGCGAAAUGAUGUUCCUGAAUGAGGGCUCGUUGCUAGACAAUAUUCGCACCAGAUAUUACAAGAAUAAAAUUUAUUCUUACGUAGCCAACAUUCUCAUAGCAGUUAAUCCGUAUAAAGAUAUUCCAGAACUGUAUGCCACGAAAACCAUUAAGGCCUAUCAAGGCAAGUCGUUGGGCGAAUUGCCUCCGCAUGUCUUUGCCAUUGCUGAUAAGGCAUUUAGAGACAUGAGAGUGUUCAAACAGUCGCAAUCGAUUAUAGUUUCUGGAGAAUCUGGGGCAGGUAAAACUGAAUCUACGAAGCAUUUACUAAAGUAUCUGUGCGAAGGCGGCGGAGCCGGUCCGAUAGAGCAAAAGAUUCUGGAUGCUAAUCCGGUGCUGGAAGCUUUCGGCAACGCCAAAACCACCAGGAAUAACAACAGCUCGAGAUUCGGGAAAUUUAUCGAAGUGCACUUCGACAAGAAGUUUCAAGUAGCCGGCGGCCACAUUUCCCACUACUUGCUGGAAAAGAGCAGGAUCUGCUCGCCGCUAGGCGAAGAACGAAGCUACCAUAUAUUCUACAUGCUUAUGGCCGGCGGCCCUGAGGGAUUAAGGCAGAAGUUAGGCCUGACCAAACCCGAUGACUACAACUACUUGAAAAACGGCUGCACCAGAUAUUUUGCCAAGCCCGCAACUGAAAAGAUUCUAUCGCCCGGCCAGAAAAGUGCCGCCCAGCUUAAGCAAGGCUCAUUAAAGGACAUUCUAAUCGACGAUCUGGAGGACUUUAAGGAGCUGGACCUGGCAUUAUCACGCUUGGGGAUGUCGGAGGUUGAAAGGCUGCAAAUUUAUACCACUGUGGCUGCCGUUUUGCAUUUGGGGAAUGUUGAAUUCGAGGAUAACCCAGAAGACACUCGAGGAGGCUGCCGAGUGGCUAGAAGUGGAGAAAAGGCGCUAAUCACAGCCUCAAAGUUGCUGGAAAUCGACCCUGAAGAACUGAGGCAGGCGUUGGUGUCUCGGGUUAUGCAAAGUGCCAGAGGAGGCCUCAAAGGCACUGUAAUUAUGGUUCCUUUAAAAAUUCACGAAGCCAACAAUGCCAGGGACGCUCUGGCCAAAGCAAUCUACAGCAAUCUAUUCGAUUACAUUGUUAGCAGAAUCAAUCAGAGCAUCCCCUUUCAAGCCUCCAGCUACUAUAUCGGAGUGCUUGAUAUUGCAGGGUUUGAGUUUUUCACUGUGAACAGUUUCGAGCAGUUUUGCAUAAACUACUGCAACGAAAAACUGCAGCAGUUCUUCAACGAACGCAUCCUGAAGUUCGAGCAGGAGCUUUACAAGCGGGAAGGCUUGAGCGUGCCGGAAAUUUCGUUUACAGAUAAUCAAGACUGCAUCGAUGUGAUAGAAGGGAAAACCCAAGGAAUUUUUGCACUACUAGACGAGGAGUCAAAAUUGCCCAAACCGUCCUAUGCACAUUUUACCGAAUCCGUGCAUAAAACAUGGGGCAAAAACUACAGGCUAGGAUUACCCAGGUCAUCCAAACUGAAAGCUCAUCGGAGUAUUAGGGAUGACGAAGGGUUCCUGAUCAAGCAUUUUGCCGGCGCCGUGUGCUAUCAGACUAAACAAUUCAUCGAUAAAAACAACGACGCUCUUCACGCCUCACUGGAGGGGAUCAUCCAGGACAGCAAGAACAAACUCAUUCAAACACUCUUUGCCACGUCAAUGGCGCAAAAGGGCAAACUUACCUUUGUCAGUGUCGGGAGCAAGUUUAAAUCGCAGCUUCAAGAGCUGCUGGAAAAGUUAAGGAACAACGGAACCAACUUUAUUCGUUGCAUUAAACCCAAUAACAAAAUGGUUGAUCAUCAGUUUGAUGGCAGUUUAUGCCUGAUGCAGCUUACCUGUUCGGGAAUGGCAUCAGUUCUCGAGCUAAUGGAGCAUGGCUUCCCCAGCCGAACUCCUUUUGCCGAUCUCUACAACAUGUACAAGGAGUACCUGCCUAACGACUUGAAGAAAUUAUCGCCUAGAACAUUCUCAGAGGCGAUUCUUCAUAGUCUAAAGCUAACCGAUAAGGACUUCAAAUUCGCUAUCACCAGAGUGUUCUUCAGACCGGGAAAGUUUGCCGAGUUCGACAAGAUCAUGCGAUCCGACCCAGAAAACUUAAAAUCAAUCGUUUCGAAUGUUAAGAAAUGGCUGGUCAAAUCGCGAUGGCUCAAAGCGCAGUUCUGUGCCUUGACUGUUAUUAAAAUGAAGAACAAGAUUGUUUACCGCCGCAAAGCCUUAGUGGUGAUUCAGAAGAACGUGCGUGGAUACUUAGUAAAGAAGAAAUAUGGAAUGCGAAUCAAAACAGUGAAGAAUCUUCGCUUGAUGGAUGGCAAGCUAAAGCAACUGGACGCAAUCGCUCAGCAACUGAAGAGCGAUAAAACCAGCAGCAUCAAUGGCAUUAACCAACUGAAGUUGGAAGUGAACGCAGCCAUCGGCAACAUUAAGAAAAACGAAAACAUUGAUAAUAAAACUGUUGAAAACCUGUACAGUAACUUGGUGCUGAAAAUCGACCAGCAGAUGUCCACAUUGCAGAAGAAGGUUCAGGAGCAGAAGAGCCGAGAAGAGCAGGAAAGGCUGCGCAAAAUCCAAGAGGAGAUGGAAAAGGAGAAGCGCAUCAAGGAAGAGAACGAGAGGCGAGUGAGGGAGGAAGAGGAAAACCGAAAGAAAAAAGCUGAAAUGGAGGCCAAACGGAAGCUAGAAGAAGAGGCCAGGCUUAGACAGGAAAGGGACAUUUACAACCUGCAAAAAGUAACUCAAGAAGCAACAGACAAAAAAAUUGCCCUUGAACUGCAACAGCAGCAAGCGAAGUUGGAACAGGAGGAACGCUUAUAUCAAGAGCAACUGGAACAGGAGCGACAAGAUCGUGAGUUGGCGCUCAGAUUGGCCCAGGAAACCAACGGACAAAUCGAAGAAAGUCCACCAUUGGCUAGAAAUGGAAUCAACGGAACAGACUCUCAAAGAUCGUCGAUUAAACUCAACAGGUCGCAACCGAGCAAUCAAGUGAAAGGAAAGCACGACCUUUCGAAAUGGAAGUAUUCAGAAUUGCGCGACACUAUCAACACAUCCUGCGAUAUUGAGCUUCUUGAGGCCUGCAGGCACGAAUUCCAUCGCAGGUUGAAGGUUUACCAUGCCUGGAAGGCAAAGAACAAGAAGCGCACUGUUAUGAGCGAAAACGAGAGAGCUCCGCUCUCGGUGUUGGAAUCGGCUCAGAAAACUCCACGAUUGCCGCAGAAAGCUAUUCUGGACAACAAUUCGCAACGCUUCUUCAGAAUUCCCUUCCAAAGACCUGGCGGUGAUCCAAACAAGAGAGGUUGGUGGUAUGCGCACUUUGAUGGGCAAUAUGUGGCAAGGCAGAUGGAACUGCACCCUGAUAAGCAGCCUAUCCUGCUGGUAGCAGGUCAAGAUGAUAUGCAGAUGUGCGAACUUUCCCUGGAAGAAACCGGCUUGACUCGCAAAAGAGGCGCCGAGAUAUUGGAAAAUGAAUUCAACAAAGAAUGGGAAAAGAACGGUGGUAAGACUUAUAUCAGACCUGCCGAUAGAAAAUAAUUCAAGCGCUGAUUGGUUUGAAAUCAUUUAAAGUUUUGCAAUAUUUAUGAGAACAGCUGUACAAUUUCAUGAGAUUUCCGAGUUAUACUUAUACGUUUAAACCGUUGCAAUCAAAUUUGGCUUUACAGUAUUAGAUACAAUUUAUAUUGUAAUAUAAUUAUUAAUUGAAAAUAUAUUUGACUUUCGAGUUAAA